AUGAGUCCUGUCCACUCCGUGCUGGCGCCAACGAGCAGCCUUCCUCCUCUGCGAAAUCCGGACCCCGAGAGAGUCAACGAGGACACCAUCACGUCCGCUCUGCGCAAUCUGACCGACAUCUACUGCCCUCUUCCUCGCGCUGCUGCCUUCAACAAACCCUCCCUUGGGAUCGCAACACCCGUGCCUGUCGACUCUGGCUAUGCCUCUGGCGAGGAGGAAGACGAGAAGGAGGAGGAGGAUAAACAGGGACAACAGGAUCAGCAUGGAUGUGACAUUGCCGACACGGACGCCAUUGCAAACCUUCGUAGCGACACCUUUGAGCGGGAGUUUGCCGUGCGCUGGCUGACGACCUUUGUGGCGCGCGCUGAGGAGCUCCUAUGCGAUGCCGACGACGACACCAGGCAGAGACUGAUCGAUGAUGCCUCAUAUAUACUGGCCUCCUUCAGCAAUGCCUCGGACGCAGACGAGGACGAAGAGGCGGGUGCCAUGGUCAGGGACUUUCAGUUCUGGCUGAAGCCGCAAAAGGAGGGCGAGGAAGAGCACGAGGACGAGAGCGCAUCCAUCAAGGUUCGGCUGACGGACGGGACGCCGGCUGUUGGUUCAGAUCACACCGAUGUGGGUCUGCAGAGCUGGGGCGCGUCCAUCGUCGUGUCCGAGCUGCUGUGCUCUGGGCCCCAGCGGUUCGAUCUGUCUGUCGACGCCCUGGGCGCCGCGCCGCGGAUCAUCGAGCUGGGCGCUGGCACAGGUCUCGUAGGCAUCACCAUGGCCAAGCUGCUCCCACGCCUGGGCAUGGCGGGUGCAGAGGUCAUCGCCACUGACUACCACCCAGCCGUGCUAGCUAACCUCAGGGACAAUAUCGCCAUGAAUUUCCCUCCCAGUAGCAGCAGUGAUGCCAGCGACGAGGACAAGGAGUAUCCUGUCCAGACCUGCCUGCUCGACUGGUCGGUCCCCCGCCUCGAGGCGCCGCUGCUAGACAGGCCCGCGGACAUGCUAAUCGCGACAGACGUCGUCUAUGCCCCUCAGCACGCGACCUGGCUGCGUGACUGCGCGGCGCGAUUGCUGGCACCCCAUGGUGUCUUUUGGCUCGUCGCGUCGGUGCGGCCCAACGGCAGGUUCGAGGGCGUCACCGACACUGUCGAGUCUGCCUUUGCGGAUAGCGAGCUGUGUCCGAGGUCGGACGACGGGCGGAGGGUAUUCCGUAUCCUAGACAAGGUUGGCAUCGAGAAGCGCAAGGGCAUUGGGCGGGCGGACGAGGUUGGGUACCGGAUGUUCAGGAUCGGUUGGGUCGAGGUGGAGGCGGCCGCGAUGAACGAAGAGGAGGAGACAUCAUCGUCAUGA